AUGAUUGAGGCUGAGAACUCUAUGCAGCUACAUGAGGCUGAAAUCCUGGAGAUGCUACAAAAGGAUAGUUCUGAGAACUCUGAUAUGGCUGAUACUACUGCUGAGGAGCAGCCUGAUGAAAUGGCUGUUGAGAAGGUGGUGGAUACCAGCCAGUACAAGAAAUGGGUGGAAAUUCGACAGGAGAUAGAGAAGAAUGAAGGACCCGAAGGUUUCACCCUAAAAAAUGAUGGGUUGCUAUACUACAAAGGCCAGAGAGUUAUCCCAGCUGGUCAAGAGAUCAAGGAUAAGAUACUAUGGGAAGCACAUCAGACUCCAUACACAACCCACCCAGGGACCACCAAAAUGUAUCAUGAUUUGAAGCAACACUUUUGGAGGGAAGGAUUAAAAAAGGACGUAGUGGAUUAUGUUAAUAGAUGCUCGAUAUGUAGAACAGUCAAGGCAGAGAAUCAGAGACCCGCAGGAGAUUUACAGUCACUCCCAAUCCCAUAA